AUGAUCACUUUUAAUCCUUAAUUGUAAUUUAAUACUUUUGAUUAUCAAUUGUUGGAAUAGAAUUCUAUCAAAGAACCUGAAUGGUGUUUUUCAUUUGCAUUUAAUAAGGAUUCAACAAUUUUAGCAGUUGGAUGUUAAUCUUACAUUAAAUUGUUUGAGUUCACUAAUGAAAGAGUCUCAUUGAAUUAAAUAUUAAUGAAUACAGACUUUGUAAGAUCAAUAUAUUUUAUGAAGAAGUCAUAGAAUUUGAUAUCAGGUGGUGAGGAUUCUUCUAUUUUGGUUUGGCAAAAAAAUUAAGAUCAUUAAUGGUUUAUUUACUAAAAGCUUUUAGGACAUUCUAAACCUAUUAAACAUAUAAUUAUGAAUUAAAAUGAAGAUCUUAUAAUUUCAUGUAGUAGUGAUAAAACAAUUAAAUUUUGGGUCAAAUAGAAUGAAUGGGUUUGCUCCUAAACUAUUACUAAUCAUACAUAAUAGGUUUUAAGUUUAAGUAUUAAUGAAUCAUAAAAUAAGUUAAUAUCUUGUUCUGAAGAUAAAUCAAUUUUAGUUAUGGAAUUGUCUUCGAUAACAAAUAUGUGGUUAGUUAAAUAAAGAAUAUUUUUACAGGAAUAAGGUAGAAGGCUAUGCUUUAUUGGAGAUAAUUAAUUUACAUUUUAACCUAAAAAUCAAGAUAUAUUAUAUUUAUUUUAAUGGAACAGUACAUCUUAAUAAUUUUAUUAAGAAAUGGAAAUACCUGUUGAUAGCAGUCUUGAUACUAACUAUUAUUUCCCUUAAUAAUUUAUUAAUUAGAAGUAACUUUUAAUCAAUAAAAACGGAAAUUAUAUAAAUUUGUUAAGAAGGAAGGUUGAUGGAACAUUUAUUAAAGAAAAAGCAAUAAAAUUUAAUACAAAUUAAAUCUUUGGUACAAUGAAUGAUUCAGGAGAUUAUUUAGUAACUUGGGAUUAGGAAUAAAAAUAACUGUAAUUUAGAAAAUUUAGUGAAAUAUGA